UUAUAAGUAUUUUAAUAACAUUUCCAAAAAUCUGCAAAAUGGCUUACACUUUAGUGUUGCCAAGUAUAGCCUGCUCCACCACCCCCUUAUCAGAGUCCUACUCCAAACCUUGUGGUAUUAUAUAACAAAGUGUGCAUGUGAGGAUAAUUACUAAUGCAAGCAAGGGGAGUUGAGGAGAGACAGCAGGUACUGCUAUUGUUUGUUGCCAAGAGGCUUGCUCGUUUCCAUGGGGAUAAUGUCUCAUGCUUUGUGAAAGCUUCAGCAUUAUACUGUGCACUGCUUUAGUCCGGUGUCAUGUGACUUCACCCUAUCGUGCACAAUUGCAUGCUGCAGAAGAUAUGGCCUGGAUAGCACCUUCCAUAUAUGGAAAUGCUCAGGGGGGAGCUUGCUGCAAACAAAACUAUGCCUGAUCUAAAGGGGUUAAAACCGAAACAGUUUUGCAGUAGCCGAAUCGAGUUGGGAGAUGUUACACCACACAACAUAAAACAGCUGAAGAGGUUAAACCAGGUUAUCUUUCCUGUGAGCUACAAUGACAAAUUCUAUAAGGAUGUCUUGGAGGUUGGAGAACUUGCAAAACUUGCAUAUUUCAAUGAUAUUGCAGUUGGUGCCGUGUGCUGUCGAGUUGAUCACUCACAGAAUCAGAAAAGGCUGUAUAUUAUGACCCUUGGGUGUCUGGCUCCAUACCGGAGGCUAGGAAUAGGAACAAAAAUGUUGAACCAUGUAUUAAACAUUUGUGAAAAAGAUGGCUCCUUUGACAACAUUUAUCUGCAUGUCCAGAUCAGUAAUGAAUCAGCCAUAGACUUCUACAGAAAGUUUGGCUUCGAGAUCAUCGAAACAAAGAAGAAUUAUUACAAGAGAAUAGAACCAGCUGAUGCCCACGUUCUGCAGAAAAACCUGAAAGUCUUGUCUCCUGUGCAGAAUGUAGAUGUGCGAAAGAAUGAAAAUUGAAGAAAAAAAAAUCUACGAACACUUUUUUUUUUUUUUUUUCUUGCACUUGCUUUCGCCAAAUAUUGGAAAGAGACCAGUUGUUUUCCUCCUACCGCACUUCUAAUAUCUCUUCUUCCUUCGUUUAAACAAAAAAGAGAAACGAUGAUGAAUGCUUCUUCCAAGAGCAGUACAAUCUGUCACACAUUUUGGUUGUUUGAACUAUGAAAAGGUUUUUUUUCCGAUAUUUGUGGAGAUUAUACUGGCAGGGGGUACACGGAUUUCUUACGGCUUUUCAACUUUUUUUCUGUUUGGGAAAGUGAGUGGCUUCUAUCAGUCUGGAAUACUCUCUAAAUAAAAUCUAAUUUCUUUUUAGCA